AUGGCACUACUGGAUGUGGGUCAGAGAGUGUGUAUACAGCAUCCGAUAUGGCUUAAGCAGUGCAACUUCAGUAUGAGCCCUAGAGUGCUUGAAGUAGUCUCACGCCUGCGAGACCCCAAGGACUUGUCUAGCCAAGUGCUCUGGCCAUGGUUUGAUUCAGGAGAACGCUCCUGUUUCGCAACCCUAUUGAUAGCUAGCGCGUGGAGAAAGAUUGUCAAGUGGCUCGUCUUCGACAUUGUCAACAGGGACUCGACACUACUCACGCUCAAUCUUGUGUGGUGUCGGGAUUCAUCUAAGCCUCGGCCCGUACUUACUCUGUUCGUUGGUCAUGGACCGUGCACCUUUGGCAGGGAGAGCUUGGAUCAAGACGAGGAAAUUAUUCUAAAAGUGGACAUGGGUGUCGGAGAAUCGUCCUCUCUAUGGACACGGUCUGCUUUUGCCACCAGGCCUUCUGGUCGAUUUGAUUUCCUUAACUCGGCCAAUAACCUCACCUCCUCUGUCGAGUACAACAGCUCACAAAUACCAAAGUUUUCAAAGAUGGACGGUCUCAACCCAGUGUUGGCUCCUGCCACCGAAAUCCAGUCUCUCCUUGAAAAUGGGGCUAUCACGAGUGUGGAGUUGAUCGACACCUUCCUGGCACAGAUCAAAAAGCACAAUCGUGCUGGACUUGAGCUUCGUGCCCUCAGUAGUGUCCCAUCAAGGGAACUGCUUCUUGCAAGAGCAGAGAUGCUCGACAAAGAACGACGUGCUGGAAAGACUAGAAGUCCAUUUCACGGUAUUCCCAUCACCUUGAAGCUAACAAGGACAGGAUGCCAUUGUAACGGAUUUGUCGCUGGAAUGAGUAGCGAGGUUGGAUCGUAUGCUUUUAGAGAUGCAGUCCCAAAACAAAAUGCCGAAAUUGUGGACGUGGUAGUGUAUUCCCGCCUUGUGUGUUUGGAUGAUGCUGAUAGUUGGCAAAGCUGCUGGAACGGUGUCUCAUCAUCAUUGGAAAAGCAAGCCUCACGGGGACAGGGUGUCAAAACUGGUUGGUCAGCCACCAACGGGCAAUCCCAGUCAGCGGAUGUCAAAGGUGGGGUCGCGAAAGACGACUUGAUAUACGGAUACACCACUCCUGGAGGCUCGUCGUCUGGCUCCGCCAUUGGAGUAUCUGCGGGAUUCACACUGUCUUGUGGUACAGAGCAUGAUGGUUCGGCCAUAGGUCCGGCUAACCGAGCAGCCCUGUACGCAGUGAAGAUGACUCACGGAAGCGUGCCGACGAAAGGCGUCUUCCGCAUUACCUCCAGUAUGGACUGCCUAGCUGGGAUGGCAAAGUCAACGGCAGAUCUGGCACUUCUGUUGGAAAUGAUGCUCACCGAGGAAGCUCGUAAGCACCUGCCUGCAGAUGGGUAUAAUUCUGCGUUGGUACAUUCAUGGGAUGGCAUCUCGAUUGGUUUUGUUGACCCUUCCCUAUGGCGACUGCCUGCAUCAAUAUGUCCACCCGAUGAGGAUUCGAUUGCGCAGCAAGAGGCGACUAUUAAUGCUGCCAUGAAGAAGAUGAGCGAUCUUGGAGCACGAGUUGUUUAUCCCGUGGAGCUUCCUCCAUAUUCAGACUUCGAUUUCGACACAGUUUCAGAUUAUGAGUUUACGGAGACGUACCCAGAAUUUACUUCAAACUUCAAAGAACCACCCACCAAGAAUCUAGCUGAACUAAUCGAGUUCAAUAAACAGCAUGCCGAUUUGGAGCUGCCAGCAGCGCUAAGAAUCGAAGACUCUCCGUCGCAAUCAUUCUUGGAAGAUGCUCUUAAUUCGAGGAUCACCAGCGAGGAUUAUACGGCAGCCAAAGCUCAGAUGAGAAAGUUAGGGGGGCCCGAUGGUAAUGAUCGAGCUAUGGGCGAACACCAAGUCGACGUCAUAGUAGCGCCUUCCCACAGUCCCAUUUCCGGUGUCAGCGCCGCAGCAGGCUAUCCUAUUGCCACUGUUCCACUUGGAAUGAUAGAAAAGUACAAUGCGCCUUUCGGAAUCUCCAUUGUCUCGACGGCUUUCGCAGAAGACAAGUUGUUGCGAUUCAUGAGCGCCUUUGAGGCGACUUUUCCUCAGAGGACACCUCCUUCGAUGUUGCAAGAGGAACAUGCUUCUCUAUAG